AUGGAGAACAUCAUUGCUGGUCGUGUACAACAGGUUGAAGACCCGGAAGGACUACGAGUUCAAAAAGAGUUCUCGCGGUUUCUAAAAACGUAUGUAUGAAAUUUUCUUUUGCGAUGUUUUAAUUCAUUUUCAGUUAUGCCAACGAAAAAAAAGAAAAUGUUUAUAAAGUGGCUAUGCGCGAUUUGAGCCAACCCGAAAGAAACACUCUGUUUGUUGAUAUGCAGCACGUGUAUGGAUUCAGUACUAACCUUGCUACCCUAAUCGAACUUCAUUUUUACAGGUUUUUAUUUAUAUUUCUACCCAAACUAUUUAAACACAACCUGUUUACCAUAUCAAUGGACUUAUGAUAAUUUUUUUCCAAUUCCAACGCACCCAAUAUUAUGAGCUUUUUCGCAACGAGAGUAAUGCUAUGCCGAGAAAAACAUCUCUCGCUAAAAGUUUUUGCUAUAUCGCCUGCGACCGCUGCGAUGUAGUCAGGUAUGUUGGGUGCGACUUUGAACUCAAUAAAGUAUGAAAAGUUCCUGUUUCGAAAAAAAAGUGGAUUGCUUGCAGACUAUAUCCAUUUAUUUGUGAGGCUCUUCAAAUUGCAACAGUAGAAGGUUGCGAAGAGGAGGAGCGUCAGCAGAUGCACAAAAAACAACUCUACGUUUCAAUUUUCAAUCUGCAGACGAAAACAAAGGUGUUGAUUGGGUUCUUUUCAAUCUUCCAACUAUCAAUUCAGGUUCGUGAGCUUUCCGCCGAUAAAGUUGGCGGUCUCGUGCGCAUUUCCGGUCAAAUUGUCCGAACUCAUCCUGUUCAUCCAGAAUUGAGUAGGGCGACUUUUGUCUGCGAGGAUUGCGGUGUGACGACCCGCGAUGUUCUUCAACAAUUUCGUUACACUCAGGUUUUUGUACCUUUAUGGAACACUCUCCAACGGAUUGUUUUCCAGCCCACACGCUGCACGAAUCCCCAGUGCAUGAAUCGCACGCGCUUCAGUCUUGACGUCAACGAUUCGACUUUUGUUGAUUUUCAAAAAAUCCGAAUUCAGGUGUGGUUGCGCUAAUUGUUAUCCGUAUUGUUAGUUUUGAGGAAUUCAUCACUCAGCUGAGAAUAAAAUUAACUAUAUUUCAUGGUAAAUAUGAGAAUCGAAUCAUUGUUUGAUCUUCCAAUCAAAACAUUUUUCAGAAUAAAAUUAUGUAGUAAAAUUUCUAUGGAACGAUGAGAAUUAAAGUUUGGGAUUCAUCGGUUCCGCUUCUUUUUUCUUGAAAUUGUUUAUCUAUUCUAUCUAGGUUGUAUGAAGUAAUAUAACAUUUUCUCAGCUUGAGACCAUACGUCGGCUGGAUCCCACCCCAGGGUGCGGCCUACUUCUGUUUUAAAAAAAACGGCCUAUUGCAUCUUCAAUGUAAGAAUACAUGUGCAAUAGACUCUCAUUGAGUUAACUGUACUUGGUCGACCUCGGGGGGACUCGAACCUACGACCUCGCGAACGUUAGAAAUGCGUCUUUACCAGCUGAGCUAUGCCGCACCCGCCUACUUCAGUACAUUUUAAAGUUUUUUUUGCGCCCAAAAUGCCGGGGUGGAUUCCAGCCGAUGUAUGCUUGAGAUUGCGGCAUUUGCAGUUCUCGCGCAAAGCUGGCGAAAAUCCAAAAAUUAUCGCGUUACUGAAUUUUCUAUGACUUGUCUUCACAGUUGAGAAGAAAGUAAUAGGCGACAGAUCCUUGAACGAGUUCGCAUUGAGCUUUCUGUAUCUAGUAAUGGUGAAUCAACUCCUACUCAAUCAGAAAAUGUUGGUUGAAGGAGACUCAAGCGGAACUUCCUCGCGGCUCUAUCCCCAGAACGGUCGACGUGAUCGUCCGCGGCGAAAUGGUAGAAAGUGUUCAACCUGGAGAUCGGUGCGACAUCGUCGGAACUCUCAUUGUCAUGCCCGACAUUUCUCAGAUGAGCACUCCGGGGCUGAAAGCCGAGACUUCCAAUCAAAACCGAGGUCUUUUUAUGAUCACAGUCAGCAGUAGGUUCAGCUCAUUGAUGUAGAUUUCAGAAAAACAUAAUUUUUUCUCAUUCGCACGCGCCAAAGCCUUUUUUGAACAACUGGCGAAUUUUAGGGAAAGCACUCGAAAAGGACGCCGGUGUAACAGGUCUCAAAGCCUUGGGAGUACGAGAUUUGACGUACAAACUUGCCUUCCUCUCUUGCCACAUCAAACACUCAAACGAAUUGAUCUCUGCGGAUAUCAGCUCCGACGAGCCCGACUACGUUGAGCUGUGGCAGCGGAUGACCCCCGACGAGCGUCAGGCUCUCAAGAAAAUGAGCGAAGAUCCGAAAAUUGAAGAAAACAUCGUUUCUUCGUUGUUCCCCAACAUUUACGGCAAUUAUGAGGUAAUAAAAAAUUCGUCUUUUUUUUUAAUUCGAAAAGGGUUCAGGUGAAACUGGGAGUUUUAUUAAUGCUUCUGGGCGGCGUUCCGAAAAGAAGCAAAGACGAAGGAACGACACUUCGAGGCGAUAUUAACGUUUGUCUUGUUGGAGACCCCUCGACGGCAAAAAGUCAAGUUCUUAAGUGUGGUUCUCGAAGGAGCUAGAAAAAAGGAGUGAGUUCAGGACUGUCGAGGAGUUCAGCCCGCGGGCCAUUUAUACGUCGGGAAAAGCCUCGUCUGCUGCUGGUUUGACUGCCGCCGUCGUCAAGGUACUUUUGAUCCUCUCCAGAAAGGCGCAGAUUGAAGGAAAUGUGUUUUACAGGACGAAGAAUCUUUCGAAUUUGUCAUUGAAGCUGGCGCUUUGAUGCUCGCUGAUAAUGGCGUUUGCUGCAUCGACGAGUUCGAUAAAAUGGACCCUAAAGACCAAGUCGCCAUCCACGAAGCCAUGGAGCAGCAGACUAUUUCUAUCACUAAGGUUUUACUUCAUAUAUAGAUGAAAUAAUUGUUUUGUUGAAGGCUGGUAUCAAAGCGACUCUGAACGCCCGUGCUUCCAUCCUGGCGGCUGCCAAUCCAGUGGGAGGUCGAUAUGACAGGUCUCGUUGUAUAAGAUGAGCUUACGUAUUGUAUAUUCAAUUUUCAGUUUUAAAAAAAAAGAAGAAAAAAAAUUUACGACAUUCAUCAAAAACUAAGUUUUCAGAUCGCGUCCGUUGAAGCACAACAUCCAGAUGUCGGCGCCGAUUAUGAGUCGAUUCGAUCUUUUCUUCGUACUCGUCGACGAAUGCACAGAGGCUACAGACUACGCGAUCGCCCGCCGAAUCAUCGAGAACCAUCGCGCGAUCAGCGAGAAAAUCGUCCGUCCCUCAGCCUACAACGUCGAGGACGUCAAGAAGUACAUUGCUUUCGCCAAAUGCUUCAAGCCUAAGGUUUUCACAUUUUGAUGUAACUAAAGGGCGAAUAACAUAUAGUUGGUGUUGAAGUUCUCUGAACGACUUUAGCAAAGUAGUUGAUUGAAAAUAAUCUGCACGUAAAGGUACGGAAAGUUUUUUUAAAAUUAGAUUGACUAAGUAGUUUAACUGUGAGUAAUCUGUGUGAUUGCAUAGGAAAAAUGGAAAAAUUCCUUUGAGGAUCCUGUGAGGAAUUUUAAAAGGUUUUUCUAAAAGCUCCUAAAAUGAUGUAUAAAGGCUUUUAAGCUCCUUUUUCAUAGCCCCAGAGGAUCCUUUUUGAAUCCGCUCGAAUCUUUUUUAGUAGCUUUCAGUAUCCUUUUUGUCUUUGUUGAAGGAUGUGAAUAAGAUGCAAAAAUGAGAUAAAAAGAUCUCCUGGGGACCCUUUCAAGGCCUUUACUUGAGAAAAGCUUUUGAGGAGUAUUUCAGUUUUGGGAGUUUAAGAGCGAUUCGAAGUUGCUCUGAACAAUUGCUUGUCUUCUCCAGAUAAAUGCCGAAGCUGCCAAGGCGUUGGUGACCGAGUACAAGAAGCUGCGGAUGUCAGACAGCAACAACGCGGCGACGAGUUCCUGGCGCAUCACCGUCCGGCAACUCGAGUCGAUGGUCCGACUCUCGGAAGCCCUCGCCAGACUCUACUGCGCCAAGGAAGUCACCAUCGAGCACGUCACCCAGGCCGCCAAACUCCUCAACAAAUCGAUCGUCAGGUAAGGUUUCACCCCUUCCGAAAGACUAAACGAUUACAUUUCCCAACUUCGGUCAAGUAACAUGGUUAUUUAGACGUUGUAUCAUUUCUUUAGGGAUCCUUCACAAACUUCAUUAUUUUACGGGUCAUUUUUGAUGUUUUGUGAACUUUUCUCAGUAAAAUCGCCAAGUUUCAAAUUUUUCAAAUAUUAUUUUUUUAUCAUUUUUUUAUUAUUUUAUUUAAAUAUUUCAAAUAUCGAACAAAUAAAAACAAAAAAAGUCUAUUUCAUCCGUAGUCCUAGCUUCCAGUAAUGAUAAGAGCGACUGAUUCCGAGAAACUCGUUUUCUCAUCUUUUUUUCAUUCAUAUCAGAUAUUUCAGGAAUAAGAAAUGUUUUUUCAAAGCUUUGAUUAUGAAAAACUGAAAAAAAUCUAAUCAAUUGAAGAAAUAAACGAAUCUUCAGUGACCAUAAAUCGCGAUCAUCGCAUGAAUAAUUGGGCCUCUUUUUCAGAGUUGAACAACCGGAUAUCGCCUUGGAAGACGAUGACUUUGACAACGAAGUCAUUUUCACUGAAGGAAACAAAGAAAAUGCUGGAGACAUGGAGCCAAUGGAUCAGGAUGGCGAUGCUGACAAGGCGAAGGUUUGAGAAGCACUGAACUAGUUUUGAGAGUUAAAAAUAGUAGUGUGUUUUUUAUUCCGAUAUGAUUUUUUUUUUCAUUUUUUUUUUCAAUCGAAAUUAUUCUUUACUUUCGAAGGUUUGAAAACUUUUUUCUCGAGAAAAUGUAGGAAUCAGCCGAUCCGAAGUAAACAAUUCUAAAAAAACUUGUUUCGGAAAAAGAAACCUAGAUAUGAUAUUUGAAAAAAAGUGCCAGGUGAAUAUUUAUAGAAUAAAAAAACAGAAAAUGAUGAAAAAUGAUGAAAAAAAGCGGGAUUGCAAGAAUAAAAAAACAUUUAAGAAGUGUUACCGAUAUAUUAUGUCUUGUCGUUCAAACUAUUAAGAUUGGAGGAGCAAUUUGAAAAAUUGAAACAAUGAAACUGAAAUAAAAUUAACUUUUUUUUCUUGGGCAGGUCGAUUCUUCAAAGCUGAAAAUCAGCUACGAGGACUACAUGCGGAUGGCCGACGCAUUCGUCAUUCGGAUGCGCGCCGACGAAGAGCAGCAGGGCGAAGAAGAGUACGCGGGGAUCAAGCAGAGCGCCGUCGUCCAAUGGUACCGUAUCCCUUCACGCAUGACGUCAUGAAUCAUUGUGCAGGUACCUCGAGCGCAUGGAAGAAGACUUUACCACGGAAGAAGAAGUCGUCACUCAGAAGGCCAUCUGCGAACGCGUUCUGCGGCGCCUCGUACACGAUGAUAAAAUUUUAAUUGAAGUUUGUUAUUUUUCGAAUUGAGCUGUGGAGGAAAUUUAGCGCGUCUUUUUGAAUUUUGAAUUGAAGGGGUUUUCACAUAGGAAAUAGGUUGCCCAUAAAACGGUCAGUCCACGGCUCUUCUGUUUUUUUUUUUAGUUUAAUGGUUUAUUCUGAAGCAUUUAACUUUGUUUUUUUCUAUUUCAAACUAUCGCAUGAAUGCCAUAUUGUUAUGACACUUUUUUUCUGAAUUCAGGGGAUUUCUUUAAUUUUUGAAUUAAUUUUUUUCAUUAGUUGUGGAUUUAAAAAAAGUACUUUUUUUGAUGUUGUCAAAAAAAUUUCCCAAAUAUAGGUUUUCAAGAAAUACUUUUUUUCAGGUGGAAGGAGGCGACGAUCCGACUCUUUGUGUACAUCCUAACUACGUUGUCGAUGAUGAGUAA